AUAAUAAUCCUUAAUAAACUCAUGUGUUAAUAUUUUAUAAGGAUCAGUAUGACACGUAAGUGUGUGCUAUGUAAGGGAACAAAUUAUAAGAACACCUGCAGUUUCUUCUCAGCUCCAAAGGAUCCAGAAUUGCGUAGAAAAUGGCAAGCAGCAAUUGAUAUAGACAAUUAUUCUGUAAGUGAUGAUACAUACGUUUGCAGUAAACACUUUUAUAAAUGGGAUAUUAUCACGCAUUGGAUCAGUGGAGCUCCACCACACGUUGUCUCUAUAAAAUAUAAAAAAUGUAGAUUAAGACCAGGAGCAGUACCUAUUGGAAAUAUUCAUCUUCAAUCGAAAGAUAACAAAACUACCAAAAGAAGUCAUUUCAAUUUGAACAAUUUGAAUGAUUUCUUAAUGUCUCACAAUAGUCUGGUGCAAAGUAUUGAUAAAGCAGAAACUUUUCUUAUACCCAGGGAAGAAGAAAUUGCAAAUAUGGUUAAAGAAUGUUCCGAGUUUAAAAAUCAUAAAUACAAAAAUGCUAAUCGAUCUAUAAAAAUGCAACAAUCAUCAGAGGAUGAAUCAAAUAUAAACAUGUCUAUGAAUGAUUAUAGAACACAAUUAAGACUAUCUUCUAAUAGAAAUAAUAAACAUAGAAAGACAAUGCUUAGAAAUUAUAAUAAUUUACAAAUAAAAAAUACAGAUAAUGAUAUGGAGAAAACGAAACAUAAAGAAAACAUUGAUUACGAUCAACUUUCUCAAGUAAAACCUGAAAGAAAUGUAAAUAAUUCUUCGUAUGUAUCCAAUUAUUCUGAAGAGGAUGAGACAUCUGCAGAAAGGUGGGACAACUCAAAAGUUAAAAUCAAAAAUUUGAUCCUGAAAAAAUGUUUAGAUAAUACUUUAAAGAAAAGUAAUAUACGUAUAAAACAACAAUCGUUAAAUAUUCCCAAUAAUCGUUUGGACAAGUACGACGACUAUGUAUAUGAUGAAAUACGAGAACAGGGAAUUUUGUUUGAAGAUUUACUGGAAAUGUGUUUUGAAGUUGUUUUGCCACGUGGUUGGUCGUGUAAUGUAACUUCCAAAGGGCAUGCUACAACAAUAGUAUAUUUAAGCAUGGCAAUAACGAAAGAUGGUAUGCCUUCUCUGGAAAAACAAGUAUUCGUAAAAACUGAUAUGAUAUUACGGUGUAGUGUUUUAAAUAGAGAAAUUGAUCCAAUAAUGUACAAUCUUAUAAGAGAAACUAAAGAUAAUAAAGUGCAAUGCUUGUUAGACAUUGAAGAACUUAUAGAUGAAUUUGAUUUAAGAAUUAUCUGCGAAGGCAUAACAGAAAAUUUUCAAGAAAAUAAUUACCUUAAAAUAGCCUACAAAGAUGGUAUACAAUGGAGACAUGUACUAUGCCCCCUCAUUCUAAAUAAUGAUUCUACAAGAUGUUCCAAAUGCAUCAUGUUAUCUCAAAUAAUUAAAUGCAAAUUGAGAAAAUCUGUAUAUUAUAAAUCUAAUUUUAAUUUAAGAAAAAAGAGAAAAGUCAAAUAUGCGAACAAGCAUUGCACGAAGUGAAAAUAUUUAUAUUUAAAAAAUAUAAUUUUAAAAAAAUUAUAUAACUGCAUUAAUAUGAAAAUAAA